AUGUUGUUGCCUUAUUUCAGCUUUCUUCUAGCAUGUGGUAUUACGGUUGCUCUUCCCAGUCGGGAAAAUACACUAUUUGAGCGAAUGAGAAUUUUAGGUCCAUUGGGUCGUAUCAACAGUCGUAUAGAGUUUUCAUGUCCGGCAUUAAAUCCAUCACCAACAGUUCCUACUUCAGUUCAUGCUUUACGACCAGCUGAUAUUCAACAUGUUGCUGCUAUCGGUGAUAGUUUGACUGCAGCUAAUGGUGCCAAAGCAAGUACAAUUAUUGGUCUUCUCAUCGAAUAUCGUGGUGUUUCAUGGAGCGCCGGUGGUGAUUCUGAUCUUACUAAAGCUGUUACUUUACCAAAUAUUUUGAAAACAUUUAAUCGCAAUCUUUACGGCUUCUCAACUGGUACUGGUAGUCGCGAUACUGCGAAUGCUAUGUUCAAUGUUGCUAGACCAGGUGCUGUUUCAGCCGAAAUGCCAGAUCAAGCUAAUAUGUUAGUUGACCGAAUGAUUGAAAAAUUAGGUACUAGUAGAUUCGAGUCAGAAUGGAAAUUAGUAACAUUCUUCAUUGGUGGUAAUGAUCUUUGCUCUUAUUGUGAAGAUACGAAUCGUUAUAGUACAGCAGCUUAUAGAAAUAAUAUUAAAACAACACUUGAUAUAUUACAUAAUAGAAUGCCACGUACUCUUGUUAAUUUUGUUACUGUUCUUAAUGUUGCUGAACUUGAAGAUUUACAUGAAGGUGUUGUCUGUAAAAAUAUGCAAUUUUUUUUAUGUGAUUGUGCUGUUAAUACUACUACACGUGAGCAAGUUCGUGUUGCCAAUCUUGCAUAUCAAAAAGCAACAAAUGACUUGGUUGAUUCGGGUAUUUAUGAUACAAGAAAUGAUUUUACUGUUGUCCGUCAACCAUUUAUGGAACAUAUGGAAGUUCCAACAACAUCUACUGGUGCAACUGAUUUUUCGUAUUUCGCACCUGACUGUUUUCAUUUCAGUGCAAAAGGUCAUGAAGCUGCUGCUGUUGAACUUUGGAAUAAUAUGAUGGAAAAAGUUGGUCAGAAGGGGACAUUAUGGAAUUUAGCAGAUACACUUAAAUGUCCGUCUACAGGUGACGGAUACAUCUAUACAUCGAAAAACAGCUAA